AUGACAGCCCAAAGGCUUGCUUCACCUAAUUCUCAAAAGCAAAUUUUAAUACCGAGUGCACCACAAAAGUCUCCUAAAAAGCAACCUACCCAGGUUCAGCCAAAACCAAUAUUUCAAGCAAAUCGUGGAAGAGGUAGACCGAUGCCAAAACCAACAACAAUUAAAAGGCAAACUAAAUUGGAGAAAACAUUCACAACUAUUAAUCAAAGUCCUUUAGGACCUGGCAAUACUGUUAUACAAUUACAGACGAAUAACCAAACAGGUCAGCCAUCUAUUAUUGUACAGCCGGUUGCUAAUCAAAACAUCAUGUCGGCUUAUGUAGAAGCUUUAUCUCAGCAGCAGAAUCAAAAUAUGCAAUAUAUUGCGACCAUUGCACCUCAAAGUGAUUUCAAAACUGGGCCUACUCAAUUUAUCUCACAAGGCGGGCUAAUGCCACAAACCUUCCAAUUACAACAAACAGAAUCUGGGGGUCUUGUUGCUGUACCAAGUGGAGGAAUACCUGUGCUCUUGCCACAGGGGAAUGUUGGAAUCUUACCUCAGACGAUACAGCAAGGAACUAUUCUUCCCCAAGGUGCAAUUCAGACACAAGGAAUAUUAUCCCAGGGACCUAAUGGACAUACUAUUCUACCGCAAGCAAUACAUACACAAAAUGGUACUACUAUCAUACCUCAGGGAACUAUUCAAGGACUUACGAAUGGAAAUAUCACAUCGCAAACUGCAACUUUAAUUCCAAAUAAUACAUUACAAAGUGCCGGAGCCACAGUGGUGCCACAAAGUGGUAUAAGCAAUGGUCAAACUACCAUAAUUCCGAAUGCACUGUCAUCGCAAGGCAAUACAUUAAUAUCAUCCGCGCCUGGCACAACAAUACUUCCUCAAGGGACAAUUUUACCUCAAUUUUGCAAUGAUCAGGUGCUUCUAGGGUCAACACCUACCCUUGAAAUGGUUACGGAUCCAUCUGGAUGCAUGUAUUUAACAACUACGCAGCCCGUCUAUUAUGGUUUGGAGACAAUUGUUCAAAAUACAGUGAUGUCGUCACAGCAAUUUGUAUCGACAGCCAUGCAAGGAGUAUUAGCGCAGAAUAGUAGCUUUUCCGCAACAACCACACAAGUAUUCCAAGCGAGUAAAAUAGAACCGAUUGUUGAAGUACCUACUGGAUAUGUCGUUGUUAAUAACGUUGGCGACGCUGUAGCAUCACAAGCUGUUUCAUCAACACCGAAUGUUGUAACUGCAGUCCAAUCAUCACCGCCGGCACUGAAAAAUGUUAAAACAUCAGUUCCUAACUUAACAUUGCAACCGUUACCCGACAAGCAGUGUAACAAUAGACAGGCACCUAAAGUAAUUCAAAUGAAUGCACCACCCCUUGCUAUCGGAUCACAAUCAGGAAAUAUGAUGAAUGGAAAACAAGGGUUGAACCCAAUUACAUCCCAAAUACAUAGCAUGACGCUAUCAAACAAUACUCAAAGUAUGCAAAGAGUGAACAUAUCUAAACACAAUAAUGUGUCCAUGUCACCAAAUGUUACUCUUGUAUCGUCAACAGGACAACCAUUGAUGGCAAUAUCUCAGUCUGUACCUAAUACAAUGAAUUCAUUUUCAAUUCAAUCGAUACCUUUAGCACAACCAAUAGUUUCAAGUUCUAUUGCACCAUCAAAUAAAAACACAAUGAAAAUAGAAAACUCUCAUGUCAUCGAAAUAAGUGGAAAUUUGCAUGAGAGUUCAAAUUGUACGAGCUUGCCUACAAUAAGUGUCACACAGAGCAUGAAAUCUCCGACUCCAUGGAGGCAACAGGAAAAUAAAACUGAGCUUCAUAACAUAGGCCUCAAGACUUCUCAAAGUUCUACGAUGAAUAUUCAAAAUAAUAUGAUUUCAGGAAGACAGAUGUCACUCUCGGAUUCAGGAAAGGACAAUCAAAAUUGUAUGAUGUCAGUUAAUAAUAAUGCCAACUCAAUGAAUCAUCAAUUUGAAUCGAGUAUAAAUGUAUCUCAUCACUCAUCGGCCCAUACGACUUCUAACAACAUGAUCCAAAUAACAGCUGGAAAUAUAUAUCCGCCGUCAUCAUCAAUGAGUAGUAAUUUUGAUGCUGACACAACAAUGAAGCUAAGUAAAAUUAACGCUCUGUCAAAAACUGAAGGAGGUCACAUGAAUUUCUCACAGGAAAUAAUGGCAUCACAUUCGCAUCAAAAUUCUCAUGACAAAAAUUUCCAAAAUAUGGGUGCCAACGAUAAACACAAUAAUGAUAACAUGCACAACCAAAUUAAUAUACAUAAACUAAGUAGUUGUCAAGUGAAUGGAAACAUGAAUAACUCGCCAUCAAUCAGUAUCAUUCCACCAAAUAUGGUAAGGCCGCAAAUGCAAAAUAAUCAAAACUCAAUAACUGUUGGCAAUAACCAGAAUCAAAUGUGCUCUAUUUCAAAUAAUUCACAUGGGCAGGUUCAACUUAUGAAUUCCGUCAACGCCUCAACAAUGCAAAAUGUCAACAUGUCAUGUCAAGAGAUGGUGAACAAUAGAAUGAACAUGUCAGUAUCAAGUGAAAGCAACCAACACGAAAUGACUAACUCCAUAACAACAUCCAAUAUGUCCCACGCUAAUAUACAAAUGAUGUCCCAUGAUAACAACCAACUUUCAUCUACAAAUCAGAUACAAAUAAUGAACGGACAGAUACAGAACAACUGUUUGGUAGAGAAUAAUAGUCAGAUGCAGCUGAAUCAAGGAAAUUCAAACAGAUCCUUCCAUGAUAAUAUUAUUGGUAACCAACAGGGCCAUAAUCAAAACAACAUGCUGUCUAAUCGCAGUACACCAGAUACUAGCAAUUUAAUGAAUCAAAGUAUGAACAUACACAACAUAAACAAUAACCACACCAUGAGCCGUAAUGAUCUCGGAGAAAUAAAUCACAUGCACGUCAAUCAAACCUUGCCUAAUAUGAACAAUAUGCAAAACAACAGAAUGAUGAUGGAUAAUAUGCAAUCGCAUGUAAUGAACAAUGUUAAUCACCAAAUGCAUACAAAUAACAGGCCUAUGGAUGCCAUGCAUAACCAACAAAUGCAUUCAAUGCAACAAAUGAACCACCAUAUGAACAGCAACAACAAUCGUUCACAGAUGGACAACAACAUGCAUAAUAUGAGUCAACAAAUUUCAAUGCAACAAAAUAGACAAAUAGAUAAUGUUAGUCACCAUCACCAACAUCAGAUGUCUAAUAUGAUGCAGUUGCAAAAUAAUCGUCAACAUAACAUUGAUAACAAUUUAAUGGGUAUUCAUCAACAUGUAUCUAAUCAAAUGCACAACAGACAACAGAUGGAUAAUAACAUGCAUAUGCAUCAUAAUAACGUGAAUAUGGGUCUGAGCGGCCAGCUAGAUAACACCGGUGUAAUGGCGAACAUGCAUGCCAAUAGGCACGACAAUACUCAAAUGUCAAUGCAGAAUAUAAACGCCAUGAACCAGAUGCAAAACAAUAGAAAUUCAAUGGAACAUAAUCACAUGCAACAUCAGAUAAACAAUAUGGGCUCUAUGAAUAAUAUGAAUUUGCAUAAUAACAUAAACAAUUCUAUGCAAAUGCCGAACACCAAUCAUCAGUCUAUAAAUAACCCAAUCAUGCAUAUGCCAAACAUACCGGAUAUUAAAAAUGAAAUUCAGAGUUCAUGCGGUGGAAGUUGCGCAAACAGCACCCAACAGUUUUCUAAUAACAAUCAGUCAACUUUCGAAAUGUGUGCAAAUAUGAGUUCUAACAACAUGAAUAUGACGAACACUGGAAACAUGAUGCGUGGAAUGACUAUAAACAACACAAACAUGUCGAAUAAUAUGAUAAUAAAUAAUGUGAACAAUAACCCAUAUGGAUCCAACAACCAGAACAACUUGACUGGUCAUGACAUGCUUAUAAGUUUGUAA